CAAGUAGCAGCUGCGCAUGCGUCACCUUCUAAACGUAAACAACAUUGUUGUGGCUGCGCCCAACUGUUAUGUACAUUUCGUUUCGUCCUCUACUCUGAACGAAUCUGAUCGAACCCAGACUAAACUGCAAAUAUUUUAAGACUUUCACAUUGAUUUACUAAUAGUCCCACUCGUAUUUUAUAUUUUGUUAUUGUGGAUUUAACACGGAAUAGACCAUGUUGCAGAUGAACCGUUUGGUGCUUCAGUAUCAGAACUGUUGCCAUUUAUCGCUUUUCAGUGCGAGCCAUUACUCUUCUCGAAUUACAUAUAAGCCUACUGCUUCUCUAAUUUCUUCGACUGGACAUGAUCAGAGUGGUUUCGGGACUCUGAUGCCCUCAGCUCGAUCGUUCUCAUCGAAGACCGAUCAACCGGAUAACCACGAUAGCAAAACCGGCCCCGUCGAACGAAAACAACAGUCGAACGACUAUCGUAACAAGCAUGGGUCCCAUGAUCGAGCCGACUUGCUAGGACGUCCAUUCGCUAAUCGUGACAUCGAUAAUAGAUGGCAAGGUUUACUGCACGACCGUAAACAAUCCAACGACUCCACCAUGGGCUUUCCAUCCUAUUCGGGCCCGGUUGUGAGCCUACACUCUGCUAUGCAAUCUAAUGUGCCGAAACCUUACUUUCCGAAUGACAGAUCUUCGUUCCCAACUCAUAAUAAUAUGCCUGGUGGAGGAGUAAAGGCCCAGCAAAAGUUUCUCUACGGUGGUUUGCACAGCACUCACCCGAGCAACCAGAAGAGAGAAGAGAGCUACCCGGUUAAAUUCGCCGUCCCUGUCCAUGCAACAACCGAAGCGGAAACACACAACCAACCAGUUUCUAUUGAGUAUCAGGAAACGAAACAAAACGGGUUCGAUACCGAUAACCGAAAUCAGACCGUAUACGAAAACGGAGAAGAAAGCGAUAUGAGUGUGUCUCAUAUUCAAGCCAGUGCCUCGACACCCUCAAAUGCUUCCCAGAUAUAUGCUAGUAGUAUUAAUAAGCAAGGUACCCUAGAUAGUCUUCAGAAUACCCAUUUUACCAGAUAUUUUAGCCACGGUAGCACGCUGGCUCCACAACCAGAGGUCACCUAUGUUUCACCGUGCCCUCAAGGAAUUCAAGGUAACGAUUGCGUUUACUUCCAACAGUGGAUGGAAAGCUGCCUCAGAUACGGCUUAACCAACUGUGAAGAACAGCUGGAGAAUUUAAAGUCCGGUCGGAAAACAUUACAGCAGGUACUUGAUGAACAACAGAAAAUUAUCGAAGAAGCUGCUUUAAAUAUGAAAAGCAAGACAUCAUUGAACGGGGCCACGACCACCACCGCUGUCGCAAUACACUCAGCUAAUGAAGAGCACCUUUUGAACAAGCAUCGGUCGGUUUCAGAUGUCUACCAGAAGCAUCACCAAGACUCCAAGGAUGAGCAGAAAGCAGUGGAACCAGCGUUCGAGGGAUGGAUGCAGACGGCGCUAAACCGAAUCAGGACGGUCUCUUUACGGCCGCAACAACUGCAGUAUCGCCUUCAUCAUCAUCAUCAUCACCACCACCAUCAGCAACAACAGAGGACAUUCUCUACAUCAAACUGGUUUUCAAAUUCUAAAGGGCCCAUUACCCCAGAAAACAAAACAGAAACACAACAAACAUCAACCACAAUUCCAGCCCCAGAUACUGUCAGUAGUACCAGUGACGCCCCUAUCGAACUAACCCGCAGACAACAACUACAAAGAGCUGUCAAAGAGUAUGGUUCUACUGUCAUGGUUUUCCAUAUCACGAUCUCCCUCAUGUCUCUUGGCGGCUUUUACCUUGCAGUCUCCAGUGGAAUAGACCUGGUCGGCCUUAUGAUGAAACUUGGUAUCGGUGAAAACAUUUUGAAAUCCAGGCUUGCUACAGGGGCAAGCACGUUUGUCGUCGCAUAUGCUGUUCACAAAGUAUUCGCUCCAGUUCGUAUAGGCAUUACAUUGAGUGCAACCCCACUUAUAGUGAAGUACCUUCGACUUAAGGGGAUAUUAAAACCACCAAAACCAAAACCAAUCUCAAAAUAAAACCAUAUGUAUUAUUGUAAUAUAGAUACACUGAUAUGUAUUAUAACCAUAUGUAUAUUUAUAUAUAUAUAUAAAAAUAUUUUUUUCUAAAAGAACAAAAAUAAUAAACCAAUGACUAAUAUAUUUCUAAUACUUGUGUGGGUCGAUAUGCCAAUAAAAACUAAAAUAAACACACACUGGUUUGAUACCACUUCUAUCUUUUACCAAUUAAUUA